AUGCGGAACCUACGUCGCGCGUGCUGGCUGCUCUGGGUGGGUCUACCGAUAAUCGCAGCCUACCCCGUGCCCCCGUCACUCGUCACAGACUCACCACACACUCGUUCUUGGCAAUGGGAACACUAUUGGAUGCGUUAUGCGAUUGCGCUGUCAAGUGUCACUGCCACAGCGUUAACUCUGGCCGGAUGUCUCUGUUGUCAGCGACACAGAAGACCGAAGGGAUUUCAGGACAAAGCAGAAAAAUGCAAUCAGGAAUUCAAGGAUGGGAGCAGUAUAGGACAAGAAGGCGCAUUCGAUCGAUCCGUCGAGGGAUUGGAACUAGAUGUCUCUAGGACACUAGCCGCCUCCGAGAGAGUGCAGUUUGAACCGUUACCUGUGGACACCAUCGUGUCCGGAAAUAAGAGCACUCCGAAACCGAAAGCGAUACCUUUGUCGGCACCGCGCAGCGACGAUCAAGACACCGACCACUCUAUUCUGCAGGAGCCGUGCAGUGAAUGGUUCAACUCGAACGAACUUUAUGUGCCGAGAGAGAAAUUGAAGUACCUCAGAGAGAUAGGUCACGGAUGGUUCGGGAAAGUAGUUGAAGGUCGAGCAGAUUUGGAACAGUCGAAGGAUAUACCGAAGUCGGGUGGCGUAGUCGUGAGAAUUCUUACCGAGGAAGCGACUACCAGGGAGAAGGCCUGGUUCCUCGGCGAGGCCACGCCGUAUCUGAAGCUGCGCCAUCAGAACGUUCUGGCCUUACUCGGUUUCUGCUUGGAAACCGAUCCGUACCUUCUGUUAUUCGAGUCGUGUCCGGCCGGGGACCUGAAAGGUUUCCUGCUGUCGAAUCGCGACGUCAAGUCGAGAGAGGCGCUCACCAAGGAGAACGUACCGAUACGAAUCGCGAUAGAAGUCGCGGCCGGUUUGAAGCACAUGCACAACCACGGCUUCGCGCACACGGAUCUCUCGGCGAGGAACUGUUUGGUCGCCCCGGAUCUCUCGGCCAAGUUAGGAGAUUACGGUAUUGGUGUCGAGAAAUAUCCCGAAGAUUAUUACAUUGUGGGCGAUCGGGCGUUACCUAUUAGAUGGUCCGCACCGGAAAGUCUCAACUGCACGGACACCACUAUCGAAACGCAGGAGAUCACGCCACAGGCCAACAUGUGGAGCUACGCGGUUCUGCUUUGGGAGAUUGCCAGCUGGGGAGAGAGGCCUUACAACGACAUGAACGACGAGCAAAUCAUACAGAUGAUCCUAUCCCUGAAGAAACAGUUUUUGCCGAACGGUACGCGGCUGUUGCAAAGUUAUCUCACCAAUUGUCCGCCGAACAUAUUCCAGGUGAUUCGCGUGUGUUUAAACGUCAACGCAAAAGAUAGGCCCUCUCUCGACAACGUAAAGCAGAUCAUGUUGAAUGAGCAUUCGGUACACAUGGAUUUCGAGCAGCGAUGGGAGAGUUUACGUGCGAAUAACGCUUGCAAGCAGCACGUGCGUAGUGCCAGCUUGCAAGAUUUACGCGGGAGCAUCGAUUCCGAUUACUGGACUCACAUCGUGGACGACGUGCAGGCGACGGAUACGUUGCAGUCCGCAUUUCGCCUCGGACCCGACGAACAGGUGAAGAAUAUCCCGAGGUUGAAGACUGCCACGGUAUUUCAGGAGUCCGGCUCGGAAACCGAGGAGGAAAGCUGGAAGGGUCGCAUCGAACAGGGUGUCUAUACAGAAAAAGUCAAACAAAAGUCGAAAUCCGUCACGGACCUUAUGGUGCUUGUACAUAUCGACCCCGAUUCCGACGCGGAGUGGUCACUGGGAGCUCCAGUGUCCGAGAAAAGUGUCAAGAAGAAGCUACCUGCGACUGGUAGUGAGAGCGACCUUAGACAUACCGUUCCCGCGGACGAGUUCGACGAGGCGUUAAAGAAGUUACGUGAUCCUCUGCCGAAUAACACUUCCAGUAAAGUCAGAUCGCUGGAGAAUUUGGAACGGCCAAAACUCCUGACUCUGACCAUGGAUCAGGGUCAUACGCCGAUUCUGCGACUGUCUUUCGACAAUGCGGGAAAAACCCCGGAGAACGACAGCGCUGCAGUGUCCAAUACGAACACGGAUAGCACACGCGGCAGCGAAAAGCACGUGCUAAGACUCGAAGUGUCGAAAGGAGAUCCGGAUCUGCCCCUUCUUCGCUAUGUACCUGACCAAAUGCCCUCCGUCGAAGAAGCGGUGAAGAAGGAGGAACACGAGGCACGCGAUACAUCUUCCACUGCUAAGGAGAGUACCGAGAAUUCUCCCGAUCAUUUUGUUUCAAGUAAUAUCGAUGGGACCGACGAGCACAAUACGGUGGACGUUUUACUUUGGAAUCACGCGUUGGACUCUGCUUUGGAGCAUAAAGUGCCGGGUUUUUCGGACGAAGCAGAAUUCAACGAGUACAUGGAUGUGUCGGUUCAACGGACCAACGCCAGCGCUCCAGAACUCACUGUGACCGCAGUGUCUACACCAGACUCGUCGCACUUUUGUAACGCCUAUUCGAUUUAUACCGCCAACGAUAACUUUUCUACGGUAGAAAACGUGGAGGUAGAGCGAAAGCCGUUAUCAAACGACGACGAAGAGGAAAGGAAGCAGUUAUCCACGCCAGACGAUGAGCAGAGUUCCGACUCGGGUUUCCGCGAUAAGGAAUCUUGCGAGGAGGAGGAAGCGGUUUGCCCAGCGUCCGGUAAUCUUCUUCCGCCUUCGGCCAACAAUUCUGCUGCAAUUUCGGAACCGUCGUGUCCGGAGGAAGAGCCGCUGCAAAUUCUAUUCGAACUAGAUACUAUUCUCGACGCGGAAUAUUACGCCACUCCUGCUGGCUCUGAAAGUAUUACGGGAGGUAUAACUUCCGCGUCUAGCGUCGAGAAAAACGUAUCGCCUAUAAAACAGAAUGUUUCUGAUUUAGAUCAAGUUUCGACGAACGUGGAUGAAAAUAAAAGGAUCGAUGUUGCCAAUUUCGAUUCAACACGAGCAAUCAAUACGAAAAGAGAGAGUCCGGAUCAUGUAAAAAUAAGUCAGGAAAAUUUGAUAGAAAUCAAAGAUAAGAUUCUUUCUGAAAGAACGGGAGAGCUGGCAGCCGAAGAUAAUGCUCAAUCGCGCGGCUCGGAAACGGAGGCUGUUUUAAAAUUGGAGGCAGAUACUUUCAAUACUCAACGAGACUCGGAGCAUUACUCGCAAGGCGACGAGAACGAGGACGAAGAUAGUUCGACGGUGAGUCUGCGUAGCGACAAUUCCUACGUAUCGUUCGGUAUGGAGGAAGAAUUCGUAACGGCGAUUCGCAACGAACUCCGAGAAAAGCUGCCUCAAGCUCAGAUGCAGAUUGUGGAAUCCCUGGAGGCGCACGACGAUGAGAAUCCUAGUGACGUGUACGGUAAACAGUGGGAUGACGAUGAUAACGACGAGGAUCCAUCCAAUCAAGUUAGCGGAGGUGUCGAUAUCGCAAUCAGAUACAACGUAUACGGAACGCCACUCAGUCCGAUCCUGGAGGAGCGGGAAAGCACCGUCAAUUCCGACUCUUUGAUGUCAAACUCCAGAGAAGCGUCUAUCGCCUCGAAGGACUCCGUGCCGUCGGAAGACGUGCUGUUAGUCGACACUCGUACAAACGAGAUGAUAUUAUUGGAAGGACUGGCGGAACGACUGCAAGACGAGGAUCGGGACACGACGAAUGGCGAUCUGUCCGAAGAGGAGAAUUUAGACUACACUUAUUCAAUAGCACGUCCGUUAGAGGACGGACCGCGUAUCGUGAAGUCGAGCGGUAGCGCGCCGUUGCCGAGUCCCGAGGACGAAACCAAGUGGCAGCAGUUACCCUCAUCGUUCCCGUUACCUUUACCCUUACCGCUGCAAGACGACUUGAUGUCGACGAGUUUUGGUACAGAACGCGAGUGUUACAGCCAGGAUGAAGACGAAGAGGAAGAGGAGGACGAGGACGAGGAGGACGAGGAGGGAGAGGAGGAGGACGAGGAUAACAGUUCGAGUUCUGGAGAAUUUGUAUGGAAAAGAUACAACGAACCGCAUAUCGAACAGAUACGAGUCAGGAGUACCACGAACAACGACGAAGCAAACACGGCGAGCGUCGAGCAGGAGGAGGAUUUGGGUGUCGAAGACGAGGAGGAAGAAGAGGAAUUCACGCCUUCAGCUUGGAACGCUGCGUUAGCGCCUCAUCGGUCGGCAUUGAGGUCGCCGGACAAAACGCUAAAAUCCGGGGAUGAGUUGGAUCAGAAAAAGAGCGUGUGGUUCAAGAAGCAGCGCUAUCACUGCGUGUACGAAUACCCGAAGGAAACGUUACCUGCGGACAGCCAGGCGGACAUCACUACUAAUUCGGAACCGACAUCAUAUUCUGAUUGGGAGGAAAUGAUGGAUGAACCACGACUGGAUCUGUAUCCUUUGGAUUACGAUGACGCCAAUCACACUGGAAACGAGGAGUUCUUCGUCACUAGUUCGAAUCGGCCGUUUCAAUUCCAGACGGGCGAGAGCAGGUACGUCAGCCAAUUUUUCCCGGGCGCAAAUGCGAUUUCGUUGUCGGACGACCGGGACGAGACGGAUAGCUGCCGGCGGGAGCCGCAACAGAACAACGUUGAUUUCGUGAACGAGUACGAGCAGUGUCAGCAGCAUCAAUUAGGAGAGUUAAGACACACUAGAGACCGUUUGAAGUUGAAUCUAGUAUCAUCGAACGGUACGCCGUCCGCUUCGUUCGUUCCUGUAAAGCAAUCGCACGCGGAUGACGAGCAAUUAGACGUUAAAGAGAACCACGAGUCGGAACUCACUGGGAACGUCAUGCAGGACCAAUGUAUCGUAUCAAGUCCAAUAAAUGACGAUAACACGUUGCCAAAGGUGCCUCACGAGGAUGGGCCCCGAGUCGGUUCAUCUUCUACAAGAAUUUUACAGUGUGAUAGCCAGGAGACGCUGGAGCCCAUCGAGAAGUGCAGUGUUUGAGCUCGUGACUCGAGUCCGUGGAAUGGAGACUUAUGAAAGACAGUUCAGUCCAAGUCCGUCCGAAACAAUCUCGUCGUGAGAAAAUGUGGUGAUUUUUCCUCGCUAAUCGCGCGGUUGGCCCGAUGGUUUUUUUUUAUCAUCGAUGAGAUUAUUACUGUGACACGAAUCUCGAACAAAUGUACAUAGCAAAAAGGCGUAGCGGAUAUUUACUCGAGGCUACAGUUGUCGAUCGGUUGUCUAGUGGGGAGUUUUUUUUUGUUAGCGAAAGUUGUUACAGUUGUUCUUAUAGUAAACGAACGAAACACGUGUCAAUAUAUAGAUAGUCGCGCGGCUUUACAUUGAUAAAGCUCACUACUCGCAUGACGGCUUGCGUCAUGAAUGGAACGUUUAGAUAACGGCCGGAGGACUGUAUAAAGUGGAUACAAGUAUUAAUUCUAGACAAUCGAUUUUUUGUAGGAGCUACAUCGAAAUCACGAUGAACGAUUUGUUGCGCGUGUAAAUAGUUAUUGUUUGUAGCGUGAUCGUUAAACGCGAGCAGAGUAGUGCCUACGUAGAACGAUACGAUUAUUUUUGUGACUCCUCUUACAAGAGACGCGUAACCAUCUCCCUUUUGCGUCACCGUUUUGCUUUACGAGCAUCCAUUAUCAUCACAUAAUUCAUGAUAUUAAUUAACAUUAUUAACAGAUCCGCUCUCUAUUAUCGAAGUAUUGCAUAGCAAAGUAUACAGAACAUACAAUCUCCCGCAUAUACUCUUGGCGAAGGAGGAACGUGAAGAUGAACGACUUGCACGACUAAUUUUUUACGCGAUAUAUAUAUGCGCGACGUAUCGAUAGAUUUUUACUUUUUAUUAGGUCUGUGAUGAGAAUACGAUACGUGCGUGUAUUAAUUUGUUUUAUAUUAGAAUCGAAAGAAGGAAGAGAAGAGAGCUCGAAUUGGAGUACUCGCGUGUAUUGUAAAACUGAAACGAGAAUCCGUCGAUCCGGUCCCCUCCCUCUCGAUACGUCAUACGAGAUCAUGAUACGUCUACAUCUGCCUUUUCCUUAUAACGACAUAACAGAAGGAUCAGAUAUUAUUACUUACUUUUACAGUAACGUAACGACGGUAGGUAGUUGUUGAUAGGUAACGGACUACGGUAUAUUCUUUGCUUCAAUACCGUGUGAGAAAGUGUGCAAUACAAACAAGUAACCAUUAAUCAAUCUAACAUGGCACAUUCUUGAGAAACGAGUAUUUCUACAAAAUCGCAAAUUUGCGCGCGACACGCGAACACGGACACGAUCAUGGAGUACCAGUUUUAGAGAAAUUUUUACAAGUAUUUGUUCUUUUGCAAUGAUGUACCUUAUUAUAUAAUUAUCCGUAUUGGAAACAUAGAGAGACUGCUAAACAAAGAACGAACCAAUGAAACAGUAUCGAACGCAAACGUAGUUUAGCGUAAUUAAAGCGGAAAAUUAAACAGGGGAAAAGGGGGAAGAUAUCUGUGCCACUAUAUUAUUUCACGAGUGUAUGCGAUAUUGAUAAAAAGAUAUACAAAUCAACUCGCGCCGCUGUCGUGGCACCACGAGUGCUGCCGUGUCUCUCGCUAUUACCACACCUAUUACUACUGAUACUGCUUUGUGCUCACUAUAAUAUAAGAUAAAAUAGAGAACAAUUAAUAUAUUGUUAUACA